AUGGCUAUAAAAAUUGAUGAAAAACAAAUCGUAUUGAUUAUCCAAAUCUGUAUAUUGCUUGGAGUAUCUAUAGUGUUGAUAAUUGUCAUUUGUAGACCAGUUUACGUCCCCGAAGUGUCAAAAUAUGAAAAAUUAUUAAGGGAACUCGGAAGUACCAGAAUUACAGCUCAAGAUUUGAAAAUAGUUGAGCGGUUUAAGACUGACAGAGAAAAUUACUUCGUUACCGAAAAAUUAGUGUGGAACAACGACGUAGAUAAAUUCAUAUCAGUGUGUGACUUUGCGACGCGCAUUCUUAAAGUAUACAACAAUUAUCGCAACGAAGACAUCUACUUACUUCUCGUGACUGACAUUAUUAAUAAAAUACACCAGCUUGUGUUCAAAGAAAGAAAGAACGAGAUUCUAAAAAAAGAAAACGAUUACCAGGCAAUAGUCUACUUGGCGCGAUUGUUCAACACGUUCGAGUAUAUCGCUGAUGAUAAGUAUAAGACUACUAAAUCUAUUUGUCACGAUCUUAUAAUCGAUUUGCUUCCUGAGUUCAACUACAUUAGGAUUUUGGGCAUUUGGUUCAAUACGGAAAAUAUUAUUUAUACAAUUAUACCGAGAUUGCUGACGCAUUAUUUAGAACCAGAUAAAAAAAAUUUUAUUUAUGAUGUUAAAGAAAACAAGGCUCUGACGAUCCUCGAAGAAAAAUUUUCUGAGAUUCAUAGUUUUGCUGAUAAGCGUGAAAAGAUUUAUUUGUAUGAUUAUCAUUAUGUUAUUUAUCAAAUUUUCAAGGAAAAACAACAAGUUGGAUAUUUAACAAAAUUAUUCGGAAUAUAA